AUGGAAAAGCCAAAUAAACUAUCACGCAUAUUGGAAGCAAUCCAGUCGAGUUUUUCGUUGGGUCCGUCGCUUUCUGAUAAGAGUCAGAACGGAAAACAACCGUCUGCGUCAGAUGCUAAAGUAGCAAAACCUCAGUCGUUACCAAACCAAACCACACCAUCCCAAGACGAACUGCUGACGUUGGAUGAUAUCAAAAAUGAAGAUUCUUGUUACGCAUGUCUAGAUCCAUGUUCAUUACAUCCUCAAUAUCCAAGAUUCUUACGAAUCGACCGGGAUACUCCAUUAGAAGGCACCGUCAAACCAUACAUCAAACAUGUAGCAAUAUCAACAGGAAAAGAAAACUGGAGUAAGCACAUCGAAGACGCAGAAGGUUUAGCGUCGGUUAUCAGUAAGCUAACAAAAGGUGGAUUAAUCAAAACCAAAUCAAAGAAGAAAUCGCCAGACUCAUCUAACAACGUCGCAUCAGAUCAACAAGCAAGCUCGUCUGAAUCAAAACGUAAACCGCGCAUUAUUAUUACAAAUUGUAGUCGCAAAUCAAACUCUGACAUCUUUUCCACAACGCAAGACGUCAUGUUAUUCCCUGAAUAUAUUGUAAUCCGAAACCUAUCUGUGAAGCACGCGGAUCAAUUUUUCCAAACUUACUUAUCGGCCAACACACAACCCGCCGAAAAUGCUGAAAGUAGUAGUAUAAAUUCCGAGAAAAUAGCAAACAAAGCAAUAAUAUUUAUAUGUUCACAUGGGAGAAGAGAUAAAAGAUGUGGAGUCACUGCUCCGCUUUUAAGAAACGAGUUUGAAAAAGUAUUAAAGGAGAAGAAAUUGGACGUUCAAUCGAAAAGCGAUGGUGUAGCUGUGUAUAUGUCUAGUCAUGUCGGAGGUCACAAGUUCGCUGGUAAUAUUAUAAUCUAUCGAGAUGGCCAGGGUAUCUGGUAUGGAAGAGUAAAUCCGUGCCAUUGCAAGGCGAUUAUAGAGAAGACGGUAAUUGAGGGGAAAAUCAUUAAAGAUCUCUAUCGUGGAUCAAUGAGUGGGAGUUUCGGUGAGGGAAAGGGAGGAUUAAUAGAGUGGUAA